UAGUUCCAUUUCUUUGCAUGCAACUCAGUCCUCAUCAUCAAAUAUUUCUUAGUUUUAUUAAAACCAAAACAUAGGACCACUAUUUGUCUGAAAUGGCAAGUAAGAUACUCAUUGGCCUUCUUUUCACAACCUUUGUGAUAGCUGCCUCUGGUAACUUCAACCAAGACUUUGAGAUAACAUGGGGUGAUGGUCGUGCCAAAAUCCUCAACGAUGGACAGCUUCUCACCCUGUCCCUAGACAAGGCCUCUGGCUCUGGAUUUCGAUCCAGAAACGAGUACUUGUUCGGAAAAAUUGACAUGCAACUUAAGCUCGUACCCGGUAACUCCGCAGGCACCGUUACAGCCUAUUAUCUAUCUUCUGCUGAUUGGGACACCCACGAUGAAAUAGAUUUUGAAUUUCUGGGAAACUUAAGUGGUGAUCCUUAUAUUCUUCAUACAAAUGUAUUCACACAAGGGAAGGGAAACAGAGAACAGCAGUUCUACCUGUGGUUCGACCCCACCAAGGAUUUUCACACAUAUUCCGUUCUUUGGAAUCCUCAGAGCAUCAUAUUCUCUGUGGAUGGGACACCCAUAAGGCAGUUUAAUAAUUUGGAAUCAAAAGGAGUGGCUUUUCCUAAAAAACAAGCCAUGAGGAUAUUUUCUAGCCUUUGGAAUGCUGAUGAUUGGGCCACAAGGGGAGGUUUGGUGAAGACAGAUUGGAGUCAAGCCCCAUUCACUGCCUCAUAUAAAAGUUUCAAUGCCCAAGCUUGUGUUUGGACUUCUUCUGGCUCAUCUUGCUCUUCCAACCAAGAUUCAUGGAUGAAAGAGUCACUUGAUUCAACAGGGCAAGCUAGGAUUCAAUGGGUGCAGAAGAACUACAUGAUUUAUAACUACUGCACUGAUACUAAGCGCUUCCCACAAGGCUUCCCUCCUGAAUGCUCAAUUGCAUGAAAAUAAAAGGAAAUUAUGUCAUGUUGUUAAACCCUCAUAGCCCAUAAGUUAUUCUUUUUUUUCCUGUGUGUAAAUUAAUAAAUAAAAAACUAAGACCUCUAUUUACACUUCCCAGUAUACUUUAUCCCGUCCAUUGCCUAUAAAACAGAAUGUGAAUGAGAUUCAAUGUAAUUUUGGUCAUCUAUAAUUUUAUUGGAGAAAGUUAUAGAUAAAAAAAUAAUUGUGUACUAAA